CCGUAAAAUAUGUUAAAAACAAUGUGUAUAUCGAAUCGUUGCUCUCAUAUUUUAAUUUUCUCUUUUUACCAUGCACCCGAUGAUAGUAAAAUAAUAAAAGAUGGAUGUCAAGUGAUUACCUAAUCGCGUGUUUCGAUGCAAAAGACGUGUAGAUAAAAAGGACGUGAGACGUCCCACCCUAAAUGUACGAAACAGUAACCAUGUACCCUUCAUGGAACGAUUUUUUCAAGAUCUCUGUUUUAAUUUUGUUCUAAGAUUCAGUUAAUUAUACCUGUAAGUUCUAUUGUAGGUCGCACAGUAAUUGUCAAAGUCACGAUGAACCAGACUGAGGGAGGCCUGUGGAAUAUUCCUCCCCCACCUGGCACAGAAUCAACCGACGGUGAAACUACGGUGGAUACCCAUGCAACAACUUCAUUAUUUAAGAACUGCCUAAAUUAUUCAUCAUUAGACGUUAUAGAAUCACCUGAUUCACUUUCUGAAUCAAUCAGAACUAAAAAUAAUGACGUCAGGCGCCACAAACAUGGAAGAAGCAAAUCUCCUUCACGACACCGCCGGAGAAAUGAAGACACAUCACGAGAUUGUGGUAGAAGGCAUAAACAUAAAAAAAGAAGUCGUAGCAGGUCUCACGACCAACAAAAACGGUCUCGUUUACAUGAGCAUCGCCGCCAACAAUCCAGCAGGUCUCGAUCUCAUUCCUACAACCGUAGCAGUUCCAGGAGAAGACAUCAUAAUGAAAAGCGAUACAAACAUUCCUCAUCAAAAAGACCAAGAUCAAAAUCACGCAGUAGAUCAAAGUCGCGCAAGUAUUUCCGUCAUAAUCCCCAUCGAAGUCAUAGUUCCCGUAGUUCUCAUUCUCAUGAUUCUGAAUAUAAUCGAAAUGUUACUGGUGAUAGACAACAAUCUGGAGAUGAAGAUGACGAUGAAGACACUCCAACAAAAGAGAAUAUGUUUAAAAAUGAUGGCUCCUUUCUAGAAAUGUUUAAAAAGAUGCAAGAAGAACAAAAAGUGGCAGAAGCCGCGAAGAAAACAAAUGAUGCUGAAGUGCUUGAUAAGCCAUUUAUACCACCUGCUUUCGGCAAAAGACGAGGCGGCCGUGUCUUAAAAACAGGAAUGGUACAAAAAACAAGAACAGUUACUGAAAGUGACUUCACUGAUCCUAAAGAUGCUUGGUCAGUUUAUAUGAAGGAAGUAAAAAGAUACAAGGAAGCAUGCUGUGAUGAUGACUCGAAGACAAGACCUCUUGUGAAAUAAUUUUUUUUUAACGUUGAAAUUAAGUGUAAGCUGUAAUGAAAGCAUCACCUGUGUAAUAGAGUUCCAGGUAAUUUUUAUCAACUUAAUAAGUAAGGGCUUUAUUUGUUGAUUAAUGGUAUUAUAUCACAGACUAUUUGAAGGGUACAUGGUAAUGAAUUUAAAGAUCGGAAUGUGUACUACAUAUACAAAAAUUUAAUAGGAUGAACAUUGUCAAAUUCAUCAUAUAAUCAUGUAUAAUGUGAAAAUGAAAAUUUUCAAAAAAAAUGUAUUAUUUUGCUUUUUUUCCUUUUUAAUUUAAUAUUUAAUUCAGUAUAGAUUAAGCCCACACUGUAAUACAUGGUUUUUAUUUGUAAAACCAAAAGUUAAACUCUGUUAAUGAGAAUUAUUUUAUUAAUUUUGGA